AUGUUAUCUGAGGAAAAAGAUACGAAUCAGCCAAGUACGGCUGUUACCAGUAAUGCGGCUGCUGGAUUGACUAACAAUGAUUCUCUCUCUGAGGCUUCUUCUGUGGUGUCUUAUCAAGGUGAUCCUGAAGAUAAUGAUGAUGAACGACAGGCAAUCUCUCAUCUCCAUGAAACUGUUACUAGAUCCAUCACCAACGAUCCUAACAGCAAUGUUCUUACGAGACUUUCGAGCCUCUCACAGACUCUUUCGCAUUUGUCUUAUGCUGGGAUGAAAUCCUUUAAGAUUGACCCUAACGACUUUGACCUUAAGCGGGUCCUUAAAUUUAUUGCUAAUCGGAAUUCUGAACAGGGUAUCAAGCAAAAGAAGACUGAUAUUGUCUAUGAGGAUUUAACUGUUAUCGGUAAGAAUAGCUCUGCCGCUAUCGUCAAGGAUGUUGGCUCUGCCUUGUUCCCAUUCCUUGUGUUAUUGAAACAAAAACUAGGACGCGAACAGAAACUUGAUCUUUCCCGUAUGAGCAAGACUCGAGAGAUAAUCCGAGGUGUCACAGGUUACGGUAUUCCAGGCACCAUGACCAUGGUUCUUGGUCGCCCUGGUUCUGGUUGCUCUACCUACUUGAAAGCCAUUGCUGGUGAGACACAGACUUAUAUUCGCGUUGAAGGUGAUGUGCAUUACGACGGGAUACCAAGAGACAAAAUGGUUAGUCAUUUCAAAAGUCAGCUGAUUUAUGUUCCUGAAUUGGAUGACCAUUUUCCUUACUUGACAGUUGAACAGACUCUUAAGUUUGCCAUUGGCUGUAAGACUCCUUCGAUACGUGUUGAUAACGUAUCUCGUGGAGACUACAUUAACACCAUCAAGGACCUUUACACUGUUUUAUUUGGUCUUGACCACGUUGAAAAAACCCUUGUUGGUAAUGAUUUCGUCAGAGGUAUUUCUGGUGGCCAAAGAAAAAGAGUUUCUAUUGCAGAGGCUAUGGCUACUAGAGGUACCGUUUACUGUUACGACAAUGCAACCAGAGGUUUGGAUGCUUCCACUGCUUUGGAGUUUGUUGAAGCUCUUCGUACAUCUACAAACAUAACUCAAACUACUUCUCUCGUUACCGCUUAUCAGGCAUCUGAGAGUAUCUACGAAUUAUUUGACUAUGUCUCGAUUCUUUACACUGGUCGCCAGAUUUACUUUGGCAGUACUAGUAAGGCGGUCGACUACUUCCAAAGAAUGGGAUAUAAGAAGAACUCUCGUCAGACCAGUUCAGAGUUUCUUACCGCCGUUACUGACCCUCUCGAGCGUAAAUCAUUGCCUGGAUUCGAAACAAAAGUGCCGUCAAGUGCCUCUGAAUUUGAAGACUAUUGGCGCAACUCACCAGAGUUUCAAGAGGUCAAAGAAAAGAUUGCCACUCUAAGAUUGGAGUCCAACCCCGAGGAUACUACAAAGACUUUCAAUGAUGUCCAUGUUAUGGAGAGGCAAAAAUGGACUCUACCUAGAUCCAAAUACACCGUCAACUACUUUGAGCAGCUUAAGCUUUGCUGCUCUAGAGCAUUCUACAAUAUUAUCAACAAUAAGGCUUAUACUGUUACUCAGUUGUGCGUCGCUGUUGUUCAGUCCCUUGUGGUUGGUUCCCUCUAUUACCAUAUCCCAUCAACGACUCUGGGUGCGUUCUCCAGGGGUGGUGUGAUUUUCUUUGCCAUCCUCUACUUUGUUAUCAUGUCUCUUGCUGAAAUUUCUGCGUUGUUCCAGAACAAACCCAUCAUGAACAAGCAGCGUGGGUAUACGUUAUACCACCCUUCAGCCGAGUUACUUUCUGGUCAGCUUAUUCAGCUUCCAGUUUUGGUCACGGCUAUAACAUUAUUCACAAUUGUUCUUUACUUCCUUUCCGAUUUAAAGCGUCAGGCCGGUGCCUUUUUCACCUUCUUGCUUUUGGUGAUUGUCGCUGUGCAGACUGUUGAGACUUGGUUCAUUUUCAUUGCCUCUCUUUGUCCAACUUUGAGUGCAGCCAAUGGUAUUACUGGUAUCAUGAUGAUGAUGAUGAUUCUUUACUCUUCUUUCAUGAUUCAGAGACCAUCCAUGUACUGGUGGUUUAAAUGGUUUUCUUACAUCAACCCUGUCUUAUACGGCUUCGAAUCCUUGAUUACAUCUGAAUUUCACGGCUCCUGGAUGCAAUGCGCUCCUUCUCAAUUGAUACCAAGUGGUCCUUCUUACAAGAAUCUCCCAAGCGGAAGUCAAGUUUGUGCCUUUGUUGGUGCUGCUCAGACUUCUCAAAAGUAUGGUACGUCCAAUAAUGAAGUGGAGGGUGAUGUAUACUUGUCCAUUUCAUUUGAAUAUUUCUAUUCUCAUUGUUGGAGAAAUUUGGGUAUAUUGUUUGCUUUCAUCUUUGGUGUGCUUGCAAUCAACGCAGUUCUUGUCGAGUUCUACAAUCCUAUUGUGGCUAGCUCAGAUAAAUUGUUGUUUGUCAGAGGUGGCCGUAUCCCAUCAGAUAUAACCGCGCUCACUGGUACUUCAGAAGAUCCCGAGAAAGGUGAUUCCAAUAGCGAGCAUAAAAGAAAUGGCUCAACCAAUGUUGCUGCCUCAUCUACGUCUCCAUCGGAUGGUUCUAAGAGCAACGACGAUAUUGAGAAGAGCGAUACUGAAGAACACCUCACUUUCAAUGAUAAGUUAGGCUCCGAUGACAUAUUCAUGUGGCGUCACGUUAACUUUACUGUUCCUUAUGAAGGCAAGCAAAGAAAGUUGCUCGAUGAUAUUCAAGGCUUUGUUCUUCCUGGUACUCUUACAGCCCUUAUGGGCGAGUCCGGUGCUGGUAAAACUACUCUUUUGAAUGUUCUUUCUCAAAGAGUGGACGUCGGUGUUGUUACCGGCGAUUUUCUUAUUGACGGCCAUCCAUUGGAUAGUUCCUUUGAAAGGAGAACUGGCUAUGUCCAGCAGCAGGAUCUACAUAUUGCCGAAUUGACAGUUAGAGAAUCUCUUCUCUUUGCUGCAAGGUUGAGGAGACCUAUGAGUGUGCCGGACUUUGAAAAAGUCGAGUACGUUGAGAAAAUCAUGCGUAUUUUGCACAUGGAAGAGUACGCCGAUUCCAUCGCAGGUCAGGCAGGCUAUGGAUUGAAUGUUGAGCAGCGGAAAAAGCUUUCUAUUGCGACUGAGCUUGUUGCCAAGCCAACUUUGUUACUUUUCCUUGAUGAACCCACCUCUGGUUUAGAUUCACAGUCUGCUUGGGCAAUUGUCCAGGUGUUACGCCAAUUGGCUGAAGCCGGUCAGGCUAUUCUUUGCACUAUUCAUCAGCCUUCUGCUACCUUGUUUGAACAAUUUGAUCGUUUGCUUUUGCUUAAAAGAGGUGGUCAAACAGUUUACUUUGGUGACAUUGGUAAAAACUCGCACACUGUGAUUAACUACUUUGAGACCCACGGUGGCAGAGUGUGCGAUGCUAAGGAGAACUCUGCCGAGUAUAUCUUAGAGGUAAUAGGUGCUGGUGCUACUGCUUCUUCACAUGAUAACUGGAGUGAUACUUGGUUACAGAGUGAAGAGUAUCAGAAGUUUUCCGUAGAGGUUGAUAACUUGAUUGCUAGUAGGGCACGAAAGGAAGCUGAUCAUUCGGAAGAUUUAUCUGAACUUCAAUCUAAAUAUGCCACACCUUACAUUUACCAAUUCAGGGAGGUUUUCAAGAGAACAUGGUACCAGUUUUUUAGAGAUUUGAACUAUAUCAUGGCUAAACUUAUGUUGAUGGUUCUCGGUGGUUUGAUUCAUGGCUUCUCCUUUUGGAGUGUCAAGCACACCGUGGUUGGUAUGCAGAACGCUUUGUUUGCUAACUUUAUGGCCAUCGUCAUUUGUGCUCCUCUCACAAAUCAAAUACAGGCACGUGCCAUGCAGUCUCGUGAGUUGUUCGAGGUGCGUGAGUCGAAGUCUAAUACCUUCCAUUGGUCCACACUACUUCUUUCUCAGUUUUUGGUGGAAGUUCCGUAUGCAGUGUUGUUCUCUACCCUCUAUUACAUUUGCUGGUACUUCCCUAUUCAAUUUCCACUAAAUGCUCCAAUAGCUGGUAUGUGGUGGUUCACCUACUGCAUUUUCUUCCAACUUUACUAUAUUUCUUUUGCCCUAUGGGUCGUCUAUUUCGCUCCAGACCUUCCUUCUGCUAACGUCAUCAGUGGUUUGCUCUUUAACUUUGUCAUCGCUUUCUGUGGUGUCGUUCAACCGCCAUCAUUGAUGCCAGGCUUUUGGAAAUUUAUGUGGCGUUCUUCUCCAUUUACAUAUUUUGUUGACAGUAUGAUGAGUAUUUCCUUGCAUAACAGACCUGUUGUUUGUAGUGCCAAGGAGAUGAAUUAUUUGGACCCUCCAAACGGAGAGACCUGUGGCGAGUUUUUGAAACCAUAUUUUACGACUCAUGAUGGUUAUGUCUACAAUCCAGAUGCAGCCUCUAACUGUGGUGUCUGUCAGUAUUCGAACGGUGAUCAAUACUUGGCUUCACUUGGUAUGGCUUAUUCUCACAGAUGGAGAAAUGUUGGCUUGUUCUGUGUUUAUAUCUGUUUCAACGUAUUUGCAAUGUUGAGCAUGUAUUAUUUGUUCAGAGUGAGAGGCAUGUCUCUGCCAAAGAUCAACCUCCCAUUUUCAAAGAAGAAGAGCCUCCAGGAUAAAUCUGAGGAGAAAUCUAUUGAAAAACAGCCUGAGGAGCAGCAUGUUGCAGAGCUCAGUGAGUGA